GACCGAAUGUGGGGUCAGAGCCAAAGUGUGCGACUGGUUGCUCGGUUACUACAUUCACUGCGUUUUGUGUGGAAACUGAAGCCAUUGCCGGAACGUUUUGUUUGCUGCAAGUUACCGGAAACCAAAUGCAGUGAAUCUCGACAUUGUGAAGAAUGUCCGCUCAGUUGCCGGUUGAGACUAUAAACACUGGAGAUGAGCUAGAAUUCGGAACACUUGAUUUGAAUUAUGAUAAAAUGGAAACAUCUAAGAAAGUUGUGAAUCAGCUAGAAAACCGACUCAGCGUCAAAGAUAUAAUGAAAAUACAGAAGGUGUUCAUGCAACCAAAUGUUGAAGAAUUUGUUCCACUUAAUAGAAAGAGCUUCAUUGACAAUAUGUUCACAGCUCUUGGAUAUGACAUUGAAGAAGAGUAUGGAGACCUUUUUGACAGAAUUGAUGUAGCACGAGAUGGCUUUGUUGACUGGAACAAAGUAACAACAUUCAUGCUGUUAGAACUUUACGAAAACGAAGACAGAACAAAGUCUUCACUUGUUCCUCAGUGGAAAGAAAUCAAAUUUCUUCCAACGCACCAUAAGGAACCUAUUCAAAGCAUAGCCUACCUGAAGAAUUCACAUCGCUACCUGAGUUUGAGUAAAGAAGGUUGGAUGAAUGUUUGGGGUGAGAAUUUGAAGCUACAGCAAACUUUACGAGUUACCACAGAUUCUGUAAGAUUGCGGGAUCUCUGGGUUACAAGUAUGGUCUCUUUGACAAAUGUAAAUAAGGUGGCAGUUGCAUUUACAAGUAAGGAGAUUUGCUUUUAUGACCUUAAUUCCAAAGAUGAAUUUUUCUGUCAAUAUAAACUUCAUGGAAUAUACAACACACUGAUUUCCAUGCACUAUUGGUUUAACGCAGAUGAUGGAAAUCAAGCAGUUCUCACCUUUGGAGACGUUUGUGGGGAGGUCAAUGCUAUUUGCUUUACUACAGCAUUAAUUUCACUUUUUGAAAGACCAACCAAUUCAACUGAUGAGCAAGAGGCCACUGUAACUAUUACUUGGCAAGAGUUGUUUGAAGGAAACCACAAGUGCUGUUUCACUUUACAACACAAAGGACACAAUAAGGAAUGGGUCAGACAAGUAAGUUACUGUUCUAAUUUGGAAGCUUUCAUCUCCUGUGCUACAUCUAACCUGAAUACAUUAGUAUUGGGCUGGAAAGAAAAAGGAACAACCCCAAUGAAAACCACAUCUUUCCAUGUUAAUGAAGGUGUUAAUGCAUUUGAUUACCAUCCUGGACUUAACUUAAUUGCUUCGGCAGCUGUAAAUCAUCGGGUCUACCUUUGGAACCCUUACAUGUCUAAACCCACUGGAAUUUUACGAGGUCAUCUUGCUAGCGUAAUAGGAGUUCAGUUUAAUAGUACACGAAGACAACUCUUCAGUUUUUCCAAGGAUAAGGUUUUACGAAUUUGGGACUUGCAAAAUCAACUAUGUAUCCAGAGGCUUGCUGGAAUAUUUCCAAAGUGCUUGGAAUUCCAAACUAUUCUGUACUUUAAUGAAACCAAUGGCCAACUCUUCACCACUUUCAACAAUCAACUGACUUUGUUGGAGAUGAAGCAAGAGAAUAGUGAAUGUGUGAAAAGUCAUGAAAAAUCCGUUACUUGCGUGCUUUAUAAUUCUCUGUUCAAGCAGGUUAUCAGUUCAGACAUUGGAUCUACUGUGAUAGUGUGGAUGAUUGAAACUGGUCAAAAAGUAAAGCAAUUUACUGGGUGCCAUGGCAAUUCUGAGAUUACUACAAUGGCACUAGAUGCCUCUGAAACCAAAUUUUUCACUGCAAGUGUAGAUGGAACAGUGAAGAUUUGGGAUUUCAAUGGCCAUUGCCAUCAUAAACUGAAUGCAGGAAGGGAUCAAGCAGCUGAUAUCUCCCAGAUCCUGAUAUUACGAAGAAGUAUUCUGGUAUUAGGCUGGGAAAGAAUAAUUACUGUCUUCAGAACCGACACACUUACUGAAUUUGUUGUUCAGCCUUCAGAAUGGAAAGGGAAAGCCCAGCAUCAAAAUGACAUCCUUUGUGCAGCAUUCUUACCACCUCAAACCCUUGUAACAGGCAGUUAUGACGGGGAGAUUGUAGUAUGGAAUAAUAAUUCUGAAAAAGUAUCGUCUAGAUUUCACCCAUGCUUGAAGAGAGCUCUGAAAUCCGAAUCAGACAAUCAACGACACGAGCUGGAAGAACCUCAAGCUCUUGAUAAUUUUUCUACAGUUACAAACAGAUAUUCAUUAUUUAAUGCUGACAACAAGGAUGAUGAAUUCAACUACAUAGUUUCAAGACUAUUCUUUCUUGAAGGCAGGAAGAACGCCUCUAGUACGGGUGGUGCAAACCUUAUAGCCUGUGGUGGUUGUGGAAUUGUUCGCUUUUGGAAUACCUUUAAAAGCCUCCUACUGGCUGAGUUUGAAGCCCAUGUCAAUGCAGCAUCCAUUAUUAUGACAGUUGAUAAAAAAAAUGACUAUCUUAUUACUGGAGAUAUGAAUGGCCGUAUUAAAGUUUGGAACAUACAGGAAUACUGUUUGUGUUCCAGUGACAAAGUAAUCAGUGAAGUUCCACCAAUGGUGGUAGCAACACAACCUCAUAACGAUUGUAUCAGUCAUCUUGAAACCUGUGUGCAGGAUGGCCGUUUGCUUAUUCUUUCAGCGUCUGCUGACUGCAGUAUUGUUUUAAGUGAUGUUACUGGAUCAGUGAUUGGUGUAUUUGGACAGGAUGAACAUUGGCGAAUUGGUGAGUGUUCACCUCCCUCUGUUACAAAGAUACCAGUCAAAACACUCAAAUUUGAGAAGAUCAUGGCUCAGAAGCAUGUGAGCAGAGAAGAACAUCUGGUAGUUUCGAAACACAGCAUCCCCGUUGCUGAGGAGGAAAUUGACCAUGAGAGCAGGUUGAACAUAUGGAAAAGUACAAUUUUAGGCAACAUUUUUAGAGAAAACAGAAUCCAAAAGAAACCUAGACCACGGUUGUCUGCUUGGGGAAAGUUGCGAAGCCCUAUUGGAACAUUUAGCUGCCUACAAAUGGAAGACUUGGAGAAAAUCACUGAUAUACCAAAACCUGACUUUCUGCAGAAUCCCAACGAAUACUUUGAUGUAAAUUUGGAGGCAGCUGACAAUGAGAAGUUGAUGUUUCCUACAUUUUCUGACACACUAAAAGUAGCUUUUGAUGAGAAAAGCCUGUUUCCUGAAGAAAUACUGGGUUGUGAGCACAAAGUGAAGCUUUUGGAUGAACAGAAUUUAAAUGGAGGCAAAGCUGCACUAAAAAAGAAUACUUCAUGUGUGAAGUUGAGAUCACCACAAAGGACCAUUGCAGGAAUCAAGCUGAGAAAACAGCUUGAUAAUUCCAUCCAGAAAUAAGCAGUUUGACUUACAAGGAAGAAGAAUUUAUGGAAAUUGAUUUCUUAAAAUUCAAAACAGUUUACAAUGAAGCAAAAGUUGCCAGUUAAUGAAUUGAGUGAAUUGAAAUGUGCUUCAGCAAAGCCAUAAUCGUUUAAAUUAUGCACAAACAGCCUGUUUUAUUAUUGUACAGCAUGAGCAAAUUAUUCUGAUAUUAUGUCUCAAACAUUGCUCACUUUAAAGUAAUAAUGGGUGUGAAAGGAAAAUUGGUUUAUUUUUAAGAGUUUCUUGCUAUUUGCACUUGCACAGCAUAUUUACUAGAAGAUACUACAGGCAAAGGUCAAUCAGUAGUAAAAUAGGCAUAUGAUUUUCCUCCUUUUCGAUUCCUGUUGCCUUGGAAAUAUUUUGUUGCAUUUCAAGAUUUCCAGUUAUCAUUUCUUUCCAUUUGUUAAAUUGCUUAAGUUGCAUUCUUGGUUGCUGCAAGCAAGGUUCUCUGGAUGGAAUUUUUGUGAGGGUUCAAAUGAAGCUAUAGAAUUUAGAUAAUGAAGAUAACUUCAUAAAGGAUGAAAGAGACAAGGUAUUAUUACCCACCAAAUGAGAUGGUAUUACUAAAGGGGUACAAAAGUAUGUUACCAAUAAUGUCACAAUAGUUGAUAGACUUACUGAUCAUCAUAAUCAUGGAACAAAAUACUUUUGAAAACAGUGACAAUACUAAUUUGACUGUUUGAUGAACAACAUUAUAGAUUUUCAUUAUGUGUAAGUGCAAUCACAAAAUUUACAUGUUUUAACAUUCUGCACCAAAUUACUUUGGCACAUUAAAGUUUAUUAAAUCAAUGUAUUGGUAUCAUCACAGUUGCUGUUUGCAGCUUGCCUGCAUUCAACAAAUGGAAUUCAGUUGUAUCAUUACAGGUGCCCUUGAAAUCAUGCAAACAUGUUACUUGGUUUAAUAUUUUGCCAACAUUACUAUCAACUUUACUGCCAAUUACACACUUGGUAGAUUAUAGCGCUUUUAGUGUUGUGGAGUGUUUCUGGAUACCUUGGACAGAAUAAAUUUACAGAAAUCAGCAAUUAUGCGUUUUCGCUCAUGUAUGUAUAAAAUAUUUCUGUAUGUGAGAAUUUUGUAAUCUGUACCUAUUCUGUUAAAUACGUAAUGACGAAGUGUUUAGUUUUAAUAAAAUUUGUGUUUACUACUCUGAAUCUAGUGUGUAAAAAAUUUCUAAAACAGGUUCAGCUCCACAUCUACUCAGUGCAAAGUGGGUCUGUGACUAUCUGAAAUUAAAACAAUAUGCCAUGUAGCCAACCACUGUACAAAUGACAUGCA